CUAGUUAUCUAUGACCAGUACUGAGCUCCCACAGGAUUUAUCAAAAUGGUUAAGAUCACUUUCUACGAGGAACCAAACUUCCAGGGUCGUUCCUAUGAAAUCAACUCCGAUAGUCCAGACAUCACGUCAUAUCUAAAUCGCUGCAAUUCCAUCAGAGUUGAAAAUGGAAAUUGGAUCCUUUAUGAACAUCCCAAUUACAGAGGACACCAGUACUUCCUAAGAAAAGGAGAAUAUCCAAAUUUCCAGCAAUGGAUGGGAUUCAAUGACUCUAUUAGGUCCUGUCGUCUUACUCCCCAGCACCGUGGUCCAUUCCAGUUAAGGAUCUAUGAAAGGGAAGAUUUCCGAGGUCAGAUGAUGGAGUUCACUGAAGAUUGUCCUCAUGUCUAUGAGCAAUUCCGUUACCAUGACAUCCACUCUUGCCAUGUUCUUGAUGGUCACUGGGUGUUCUAUGAGGAGCCCAACUACAGGGGGCGUCAGUAUUACCUGAGACCUGGAGAGUAUAGGCGAUUUAAUGAUUGGGGAGCAAUGAACUCUAGAGUUGGUUCAUUCAGGAGAGUUCAGUAUUAAACAUCAACAAUUUGUGUUUAAGCUUAAUCUUUACCAUGAUAUACAAUAAAACUGUUGAUGCAA